AUGUCAUACCGACAUCCGACCACCCCAAUAUGGCGCGCCUUGAUUGGCUCGUCAAGGUCGAUGCGCCCGGCCCGAGCAAUCCAACCCAUCGCUUUGCGGCAUGCUUCGACCUCAAAAUGGGGACAACCACCUGAACAGAGACUCGACCAGGGCUCGGACCGCAAGGCGCCGCGUCCUUCCUCUAGCGACGAAACGGAAACGAGCGACAAAGACACGCCAGGCUCGCAUUCGGCGCAGAAGCCACGCCAACUUCCGGAUGCGUAUUCGGGCCGAGGCGUGUCGGAUGACUUUAUCAACGAUGCUCGGCGCGACAUGCAGAUGCGAAAGAUGAAGUACGACGAGGCGGAUUUCAAGUGGCUGCGCGAGGCGCGCACGCAGAUCUACAUGAUGGGUCUCAAGCACACCGAGCUGGCCACCGAGCACAAGGCGCUCACCACCGAGCUCAACCGCAUCUUCCAGCUCGCCGCCGCGGCGGUCCAGAAGCCGAAGACGAAGCGAAAGAAGGCCAAGGGCGCCGCGAAGAAGGAAGAGGAUGCAGACCAAGCAGCAACCUCCGAAUCUCUUCCGGCUUCGGCCGAAGACGAAGACCGAGCGAAGACGGCAAUGGAAGAAGCCCACGAGAAAGCGGCGCAGCUCCGUGAUCGCGCCAAGCAGGUCAAGGCCGAGCUAGCACCGCUAAUAAAGCAACUGGAAGAUAUGCGUGAGCGAAGCUUGCAAAUCCGUAUGUCUUGGCCCAACCAUUGCCACCCGGACGUACCCAUCGGACCGGAAGAGAAUGCGGUGGUGAUGUCGGUGCAGGAUCCCCUCAACUUGCUCCCUACCGAAUUCGAUGCCAUGAAGGAGUCGUGGAACAAGUCGGCGAUUCAGAUCAAGGACUUUCCGGAAGGGCCGCCGCCCGAUAAGAAGCGUGACCAUCUCCGGGUCGCCAACUACGCCAGAAACGCAGAGGUGGACACGAUCUCGGGGCUGUUGGCCACCGGAAGCUCGUGGCCAUAUCUGCUGGGUAGCAUCAGCCUGCUCGAGCACGCGCUGACGCAGUAUGCCAUGUCCAAGGUGGUGAGCAAAGGCUUCCUGGCGGUCUCGCCUCCGGACGUGGUGCGUGCGGAGCUGGCCGACCGAUGCGGAUUCCGUCCUCGAGACGAGAAAGCCAAGCAGACGUACUUCCUCGAAGGCAUCUCACGCAGACAACUCAAAAAAGAAGCAUCUGCGAAAAACGGCGAAGAGGAAGAGUCGUUUCUCAACGGCGAGCUUUGUUUGGCUGCUACUGCCGAGAUUCCGCUGGCAGGUCUACUCGCUGGGCGUCUGUUUGAACCGUUCAGAAAGUCGAAGCGCCACGGGUACCUCAACAAGAUCUCGGAAGGUUUGAUCCAAGAUUCCGAUCUGCCUAUCAAGCUGGCUGCGCUUGGCCACUCUUUCCGCGCCGAAGCGGGUGCGCGCGGGGCGGAUACGCGCGGACUGUACCGCGUGCAUCAGUUCAGCAAGGUCGAGAUGUUUGUGGCGAUGAAAUCGUUCAGGGACAAGAGCGACGCCAUGCUGGAGGAGCUUCGUGGCAUUCAAGAGGAGGUGAUCGGUGGGCUAGGCCUGCCGUACCGCGUGCUGGACAUGCCGACGGAAGAGUUGGGCGCGAGCGCGUAUCGCAAGUACGACAUCGAGGUGUGGAUGCCCGGCCGAGGUUCGUGGGGCGAGGUGUCGUCGGCGUCCAACUGUACGGUAUAUCAAGCGUUGCGACUUGGCAUCAAGCAGAAGCGCGCGCCACCCAUGUCGUCUGCCACCUCGACUGACGACUCGACGACUGACGAGGCGUCCGACGGGGCCUCCGACGGGGCGUCCGAUAAGACGUCCGUUAAGGCCUCCGUUAAGGCUUCCGAUAAGGCUUCCGAUAAGGCGCCCGACAGCUCGCCGGACAAGGCGUCCCCAACCUUGCCGAGUGGCAGCGGUGGAAGGACGCUGCAUACGCUGAAUGCGACCGCGGCGGCGAUUCCGCGCCUGAUUGUGGCGAUUCUGGAGAAUCACGGCGUGGAAAAGGGCAGGCUGGUGCUGCCGGACACGCUCAAGCCGUUCUGGUUGGCGGGCGAGCACGAUCGCAACGUGACGUGGCUGCACACGGGCAAGCUCAAGCGUCGGCCGCGGUCUCGUCUGCAGCGUGCGCUGAUGCGGGUGCGCUCGAUUGCCAAGAGAAACGGCACGGACGCGCCGACCAUGGUGGCGUCGUUCCUCAUCCUUCACGAACUCACGGCGCUGGUUCCGCUCGUGGUGCUCUUCUACGUGUUUGGCGCGCUGGGCGUGGGAACGGCAGUGUUGCAGUGGCUGCUGGGAGACUCGGAGCCAAGCGCCGAAGACGAGAGCAUGGCAGCGCGACUGCGGGCCUGGGCUCGACGAAAGGAGGAGCGCUUCGAGCGCUACUGCCGAAAGAACGGCUAUCUUGGAUUCGAAAAGCAAGACGCCGAGACGAUGGAGCAGGCUCAGAAAGUCGGCGACACCAGUCGCGUUGCAGCUUCCUUUGCCAACAUGGUAGCCGCCUACAUCCUGGUCAAGGCCUUGAUCCCGCUCCGAAUCGGCGCCUCCGUUGCCCUCGCCGCUCCAUUCUCACGCACCGUGCUGGAACCGCUCAAGGGCGUCACACGCCGCAUCUUUCGACGUCGCGCAACUCCGACGCGGGCGUGA